UAUUAAUUUGCGCGAUUUAAAAUUGAUGCUCUUUUCUCGAUGAAAAUCAACCGAGAGAGAAAGUUUUAAACUAGAUUCGUUUUUUUAUAUACAAUAUAUAUGCAAAUUGUGAGAUUCCUUCGAAAGAUACUAUUACUCAUCUGUACAAGUCGAUUCAGCUUCAUCGAUGGACCAAAAGACGAUAACUCCGGGUAUUUUGAAACUAGACAAAACGUUGCGCUUCUCUGAGCUUGGAGCAGCGUCCUCAGUGGCUAUGCAGGUGGGUCCGUCAUCCCCGUCGCAAUCAUCGGCCAGUCGACAGUCGGUUACGUUUGGUACCGUUGAGUGUCAGGGCGACGAAAAUUACGCGGAGGCAAAUUCGCGGAUUGUCGCAGACGCGAGACCCCACAACGACAUGCAGCGCGUCUCUAACGCCGCGAUAUCCACCGGAGGGAAUUCACCGAGUGAGACCCCGCAGAAUCUAGUAUCGUCGAUGGAAGAUUCAACCGUGGAUGACAAGGGGAAUGACAGCGAGGACGAUUACUCAGUCUCGGUCUGUGCGAUCAUGCAGCGACGGAAUUCGUCGCGACGACAAAGUCGAAGAAAGAGACGUCCAUCCUCUCCUUUUGGCGUCGACGUAGACAAUGUUGCGCGUCGUCGAUCCUCAGUUUACACCACGAGCUCGGGAGACACGGCAAUUUCAAUGGAGGAGGGAGGUAACCAGGAGCAGAUCUUCGAAAAUCUCAAGCUGCACAAGGAGGUCUUGGGCGGCGUGAAGCAACAGCCUUGGCCUCUUCGACGUAAGCUCAGGCUUGUACGACAGGCUAAGGCCUACGUUAGGCGACACGAGGGUGCUCUUCAGGAGAGACUCGCUCAAAGUCGCAGUACCAAAGACGUUAUAGCGCGUGUUUCGCUCUUCGUGACCAAGAAGUGGCAAUAUUUUCGACGGGAGUUCAUCAACUUGCGAACCUGGCUCGUGCCUUGGGAAAUCCGUAUUAUGGAGAUAGAGUCCCAUUUCGGAUCCGCCGUCGCGUCCUAUUUCACUUUCCUGCGUUGGCUCUUUUGGAUCAACCUUGUCAUCGCGGUGACCCUUACGGCGUUCGUCGUGAUACCUGAAGUGUUAACCGCUGAUGCGACUCUCGCUGGUGAGAGAAAGAUCAUGUUGGAGGAGGAGAGAAUCAAGUCGAAACAUUUGUUAAGUUUAUGGGAAUUCGAAGGCGCGCUAAAAUAUUCUCCGUUCUUCUACGGAUGGUACACCAAUCAAGACUCCAACCGCAAUUAUCGAUUACCUAUGGCAUACUUCGUCACCAAUCUGGUCGUGUAUACGUACAGCUUCGUCGCGAUUCUCCGCAAGAUGGCGGAAAAUUCACGUUUGAGCAAACUGACCGAGAAGGAGGACGAAUAUGUCUUUUCGUGGAAACUCUUCACAGGAUGGGAUUUUAUGAUCGGUAAUCCGGAAACCUCGCACAAUCGCACAGCCAGCAUCGUGUUGGGCUUCAAGGAGGUUCUGCUAGAGGAAGCAGAGAAGCAAAAGGAUAAAAGAAAUUGGAAAAUUAUAUCAAUGAGGAUAUUCGUGAACGUCUCAGUGCUAUCUUUACUUGCGUUAUCAGCCUUUGCUGUAAUCAAGGUGGUUGAACGAAGCACGACGGAAAUCGAUGACGCGACGCAAAACUGGUGGCGACAGAACGAGAUCACGAUCGUUAUGUCUUUAAUCACGACUCUUUUUCCGAUAUUUUUCGAGGUCCUCGGCUUCCUCGAGAAUUAUCAUCCAAGGAAGCAGCUCCGAGUGCAACUGGCGCGGAUAUGGAUCUUAAAUUUGCUAAAUCUCUACUCGCUGAUAUUCGCAUUGUUUAAAGAUGUAAACUCCAUGGUGCCAUCUAAACACGAUCUUCCUGUUAACAAAUCGAUAGAUACGAAUUGCGAGUAUAAAUUAGUGUGUGGUGUCGAGUUCACGUGUACGCAGCAGAUCACGACAUUGGCAUCUAUGGGUCUCGUUUUAAUGAGCAAUAUCACCCAUUCUCAUGCUAAGAGGGAAAUUAUAAAGCCAACGCUACCAUCCGUCAGACAGCAAACGUUCUUCCUUAAUCCCUUGCUGGACAGCAAUGCAUAUUACGAGGAUUUCAACGAUACGUCCGAUUAUCCAAAUACUAAUUAUGAGAAUUACGACAUUUUAAAUAGCAGUAACAUAUCUUACACCGCAUCUUAUGAGGAAGAAGACAGCCAAAGCACAGACGAUGACCGAACAUAUGGCUACAAUGCAAAUUCCACUGUAAUUGCCAAUUUUCUCACUGAUUCGACAGUCGCCGAAGAUUUUUAUAUAAAUUCUACUACUCAGGAUGAAACCGCGACGUCAACAAUCGAAACGAACACCAUGGAAGAUUCAUUAAUAAUCACUGAUUUUACCGAGAAAACAAUAAUUACUUCGUCAUCUAUAGAUGACGAAGUGUCAUCUGUUAAGGAAUUCUCAUCUACAGUAGAAGCCACACUUGAAACAGUUACAAAGAUUAGCUCGGAAAGUAGUCCUGCUAUUUUGCGAUCGAACAAAUCUAUGUCCUUGGAACAACAAGAUUUAAAGAUUCGCAAAAAAUUGCGUCGCUCAUGCUGGGAAACUAUGUUCGGCCAGGAACUUGCCAAACUCACUGUUAUGGAUUUGAUACUCACUAUAUUAGCUACCCUCAGCAUAGAUUUCUUUCGCGCCGUUUUCGUGCGUUACAUGAACAAUUGCUGGUGUUGGGAUUUAGAGAAGCAAUUUCCACAAUAUGGCGAUUUUAAGAUCGCUGAGAACAUACUUCAUCUGGUGUACAAUCAAGGUAUGGUUUGGAUGGGCAUGUUCUUCAGUCCUGGUCUGACGGUACUGAAUCUUCUUAAACUCGGCAUUCUGAUGUAUCUACGUUCCUGGGCGGUUCUCACGUGCAACGUGCCGCAUGAAGUAGUCUUCCGAGCCUCCAGAUCCAACAAUUUCUACUUUGCGCUUCUACUGACUAUGCUGUUUUUGUGCGUGUUGCCGGUCGGUUACGCAAUAGUUUGGGUCAAGCCUUCGUUGCAUUGUGGUCCAUUCUCUGGUUGUCCAAAAAUCUAUAAUUUAGCGACGCAGACCUUGAAAAAUUCGCUUCCGCAGGUGAUUCAACGAUGUCUCGAUUAUAUUGCGUCGCCUGGUAUAAUAAUACCACUAAUCGUGCUGAUGACGUUAAUUAUUUAUUACAUGACCUCUCUCACUGGAUCCUUGCGAGAAGCAAAUAACGAUCUAAGGAUGCAACUGAGACACGAACGUACGGAGGAGCGCCGUAAACUGUUCAAAAUAGCUGAAAAGAGGCAGAAUGUGACCGAUAUCCCGUUAUCAAAAUGGAAAAAAAUUCUGCCGGCGUUGCCGCAGGCCAAAACAGAAUUGUCUCGAAAUUCGGACAUAACACGAAAGGACGCUGUGCAAGUCGCUAUCGAGAACUUAAGUCAUACGAUAGAAGGCAAAAGGAUGAUCAACGAUGCCGAGGAGGAUUCGUUGCGUCACGAACAGAUAUCAGGCAACUGUAACAACGAGAAGCGAACUCGAGAGGGAAAUGAUUUAGAAUUAAAUGACAUAUCUUCCAAUAAAAAGCCGAUAAACUUUGUCGGACACUCUUGGGACUCGCAAUCAAGCGAACAGAGUGUUGUGCCGGAAAUUCAAUUAAACGAUGAGGAAAGUGCUCACGGAUCCGUGGAAUUGAAUAACGCGUCCAAGGGAUGCGAUCGAGAGACAACCUAAUGAAUUGUAUAUCAAUACAAAAUGAAUGACUACAAAUUUCUUUUCAU